UGUUAUCAGCAAGUGCUGCUAAAGUCGCGCAUGUUUAGUGUUAAAAAUUAAAAAUAAGCCGACUGAAUUUUGCAAAAUAUUGCAAUUUAUUGCUUAUUUCUAAACAAAACGUUAAAAUUUCUUGAUAAAAUGGCCACCGAAGAGGAACAGCUUAGCCAGGUAAUUUUGCCGGUGAAGGAGCCCCUGGAUCUCAUCCGGCUGAGCUUGGAUGAGAAGGUGUACGUGAAGAUGCGCAACGAGCGGGAGCUGCGAGGACGCCUCCAUGCCUUCGAUCAGCAUCUGAACAUGGUUUUGGGCGACGCCGAGGAGACGGUGACCACGGUGGAGAUCGACGAGGAGACCUACGAGGAGGUGUACAAGACCGCGAAGCGCACCAUUCCCAUGCUGUUUGUGCGAGGCGACGGCGUCAUUCUGGUGUCGCCGCCCAUGAGAGUAGGCUAGCGCGAGUGCUUCAGUUUUAAGUGUAUUCACACCUGCAUUUAUACGAAUUGUAUCUGUAUAGGUU